AUGAGCGGAAAUUACCAUCAAGAAAGAAGUCGUUUGAUUCAACAACACAAAGAGGAGAUUAAGUCAAUAGAGAAGGAAAUUAAGUCAAAGAGGGGGGUUUUAAAGGAGCAGUACCAGAGACAUUUAGAGGAGGCACAGAAAAGACAUCAGGAGGAAAUGAAAGAGUUCGAAACAAAAUACGGGAACGAAGAAGAAAAGGUAAAGAAAGGGAACAAGCCAGUUGCUUUGUCAUCUUCUUCAAAGGAAGCAGAGGGAUGUAAUUCAGGCAAAACAGUUUUAUAUGAAGAAAGACAAUGGAACAGUUUAAGUAAGUCAGAGCUGGAGAUUGAGUGCAAGCUGAGGGGUCUGAACUCAAAAGGUGGUAAAGAGGAUCUGGUGACUAGGCUAUUUAUAUUUACUGCAGAUCAGAAAUCAAAGUUGAGUAAGAUACCCCAAGGUGAGCAAAAAGGUAUGGAAGUGGUUAAAUCUCGAGACAAAUCAAGUGGUAAUUUAGAAUCAUCUUCAAUCAAAGGAUUUACAGUUGUUUCAAGCACGAAUAAAUUUGCUCCUCCUGAAAUAAAUUACUCAGAAGCAGGGGGUACUGGUAGGAGAAAGGGAAGAUCUCAAAAUAGAAAGAUUGAUCACAGGAAAAAUGUGAAGCCGGGACAUAACUCGUGGGCAGCUUUCUGCGCUAGAAAUGAUAUUCCCAGGAAGAAUACCGGCCUGAAUAUUCAUGAGGAUUUAAACUCGGAGAGUUCUGACGAUGAGAAGAAUGAGGAAGAAGAACAAUCUUUAAAAGAUAGUCAUUCAGAAAAUGAUUCUAUUGAAAGCGAUGAAAAUGAAUUAUCUGGCUCAGAAUCUGAAGAUAUCGACGAGGAGGAGCUCGCUAGGAGAAAUAAAAGAAGAGCAGUUAUGGUUAAGGUACUGGAGAAGAUGUUUUCAAGUAUCACAAUUAGUGAAAAGAAGAAUGGGUUAAAACUUUCAGAAAUAGAGGGACAACUAACUAGGCUUAAUGUCAAGAAUUUCAAGCCAGAACUUCUUGGAUACAAAUCUCUAGAAGAGUGGUUAUCUUGCCAAUCAAAGACUGUUUUAACUUAUGAUGAACAUAAUCAGCUUGUUUUCCCUCCUGGGCACAAAAUUCCAGACUCCAAAAAUAACAAAAAAGAUGACGCAUACUAUGUAGAUUCCUUAAGUGAGCAGGAGGAAAAAAAGAAUAGUGAUGAUGACGACUUCUUUAUUUAG